AUAAAAUAGAGAAGAAAACAGAAUGUCAGAAACGCGAAACGACGACGAAAUCACGGCGAUCACCGGCCGACGGAGAAGUUACCGGGAUACGGCCGCCGCUGAGUUAUCUAUUGUUGUUUGAAUCAUUCAGUCAAGUUAUUUAGAGAAGGGGUUUGUUUUGGUUCUAUGCAUUGUUUGUAGCCCCUGGGCGUAUCAUUUGAUCACAAUGUCGGGGUGUUCUACGUCAGUAUCUACUGAAGUUCGAGACCCGAAUCAGGACAAUGCUGUUGUUGAUUGCUUUAACUUAUCUAAAGCCUCGGACCAAGAUGCUUUGCGACAUGAGAAUGAGGUGGAUGAAGAGAACGAAUUGGAGGAUGGUAACCGAAACACAGAUGUGGCUGAGGAAGAGGAUGAGGAUGAAGAUGCGGAUUUCAAUCCUUUUUUAAAGGAGACGAAUUCAAUGGAAGCCUCCUCAAGUUUGAGUUCUGAAGUUGAAGACCUGGACUUGGAUGUUGCUGACAGCAAGGGAAAGCAAUGUGCUGCGGUUGGUAACGAGUCUGGAAAACAUAGGGACACCAGUGGGGAUGUUGAGAACUGCGAUGAAAAUGUGAUGCAUGCUGUAUUUUCUUCUGGAAAAGAAGUUGGGAAAAAUUUGGACCUUAUUUAUUCUUCGACUACAGAGCAGGAUUCCACAUUGGUAAAUCAAUCUGGUAAUGGAUCACUAUUUGACAAGGAGAGUGGAUUAACCAGACAAGUAGAUGUUGACAGUGCAACAGAUUCCAGGAAAUUUAUGGUUGAUGUGGAUGCUGAGGGUGCCAUCUGUAUGCGAACUAGGGCUCGUUAUUCUCUUGCAAGUUUCACACUUGAUGAGCUUGAAACUUUCCUUCAAGAAACUGAUGAUGAAGACGAUCUUCAAAAUGUUGAUGAUGAAGAGGAAUAUAGAAAAUUUUUGGCAGCUGUUUUAAGAGGUGAGGAUUCCCAGAAUUUGCAAGAGAAUGCAAAUGUUGAUGAUGAAGAUGAAGAAAAUGAUGCUGACUUUGAGCUUGAACUUGAAGAGGCACUGGAAAGUGAACCAGAGGAGGUUGAAGAAAGAAGAACGACUAGGCGGAAUAGAAGCCAAAAAGCUUCCAUUGAACACAGCAAGAGGUUAGCAGGACAGUUGAGUAGACCACUGCGACCACUCUUACCAUUUGCAUCAAUCGAAUCCUUAUCAACUGCAGAAGGAAGACACUUAACACCCAACUUUUCUUCAUCCCAUAUGCCUCCUGUAAAUAAUGGCUACACCUAUGGAUUCACCCCACAUCAGAUAGGGCAAUUGCAUUGUCUUAUUCACGAGCACAUACAACUACUUAUUCAGGUUUUCUCGUUAUCUGUUCUUGAGCCUGGGAAAAGCCAUAUUGCUUCCGAAGUUAAAGAAUUAGCCGUACAGAUGGUUCAGAAACGUGAUCAAGCUCUGGCAUGGAGAACAGUUCCAUAUCCUAGCUUUUGCUUCUUCCCCCCAUAUAUCCAUCCAUCUGUGCUAGAUGGGAAUCAGAACAUGCUUCCAUCUACAGAUGGCAAUAAAAUUGCACAACAGAAUCUUCCCUGUGGAAGCAACAGAGAGCUGGACUCCGAUGAACAGGCAGGCUCUUCUCAGAUUCCAGAAUACCAUUCAUGGGUUCCUUAUGUUUGUGGUCCAGUGCUGUCUGUCACAGAUGUAGCUCCACUCAAACUAGUUGAAAACUAUAUUGAUGAUGUUUCUUCUGCUGUGCGUGCAUAUGAACGCCAUCAAAUUGAACGUGGUUUUGAGACUCCUGGUCAAAAGGAGCCCUUGUUUCCUCUUCGCAAUUCCCUAUGCUCCCCUGAGUCUGUUGGUCAAGGAGAAAUGGAUGAGAACACUCCCCUAGAUUCUAACAAGGCGCCUUCACCCUCUGCCAGCCAUCGACUGCCCAAGAAGAAUAUGGCCACAACUCUGCUUGAAAGGGCCAAAAAUCAACCAGUUGCUCCCGUUCCUAAGGAAAUUGCUAGGCUAGCUCAGAGGUUUUGGUCGUUGUUUAAUCCUGCCCUUUAUCCUCACAAGCCAGCUCCUGCUUCUCUUACUACUCGGGUACUUUUUACCGAUGCAGAGGAUGAAUUACUAGCCUUGGGUUUGAUGGAAUACAAUACUGACUGGAAAGCUAUACAGCAGCGAUUUCUUCCUUGCAAAUCUAGGCAUCAGAUUUUCGUGAGGCAAAAGAAUCGUGCAUCAUCAAAAGCGCCAGAAAAUCCAAUAAAGUCUGUGAGAAGGAUAAAAAACGCCCCCUUGACCUUGGAGGAAAUUGCUCGUAUUGAACUGGGAUUGAAAAAGUUUAAACUCGACUUCAUGUCCAUAUGGAGAUUCUUUCUUCCUUAUAGAGAUCCCUCCUUGCUUCCGAGGCAGUGGCGCAUUGCUACUGGUACCCAGAAAUCAUAUAAAUCUGAUGCGAACAAGAAAGCAAAGCGUCGUUUGUAUGAAUCCAAAAGAAAAAGUAGCAAACCUUCUCCCUCAAGUUGGCAUUCGUCAUCUGAGAAAGAGGGUGACAGCUCUGAUAAUGCUGCUGAAGAAACAAACAGUGGAGAUAAUCACAUAGACAAAGAAGAUGAAGCAUAUGUCCAUGAAGCAUUUUUGGCUGAUUGGAUGCCAGAAAACCAUGCUUCUUCCAGUUUUCCCAGUGGCCUGCUAUCCCAGGAGAUUUCUCAGGCGAAAGAUAAACCUGGUUAUCGAGACAUCCAACCCCCAAUGUAUUCUAAGUCUGCACUUGCUUCAAGGCCAUCCACUUCCGAAAUAGUUAUGCGGCCCUACCGUGCUCGGAAACCAAAUAAUGCACGCCUGGUCAAAUUAGCUCCUGGUUUGCCUCCUGUCAAUCUGCCUCCAUCCGUUCGAAUUAUGUCACAAUCAGCUUUCAAGAACUCUCAAGCCAUCACAUCUGCAAAAGAUUCGGCAAAUAUCAUGAAAAAUGCUGGUUUGAUGCCAAAAAAUCGGACUCUGCACGCUGGGAGCAAUAUGCAGGUGGGAGUUGGCUCUUCCGUGCAAUCUGGAGUAACAAGGAACAACCAUGUUAAUGUUACUAUUAAAAAUCAGCAGCGAAAUCUUUCUGAUGUCGCUACUAACAAACUUACAGUAGAGAGAGGCGACACGGAUCUUCAGAUGCAUCCUCUGCUAUUCCAGGCACCUCAGGAUUGUCAAUUGCCUUACUACCCCAGCAGUCCUAGCACGUCUAGUUCGUUCUCUUUCUUUCCAGGAAAUCAACCACAAUUAAGUCUCAGUCUCUUUCACAACCCCCGGCAUAUAAGAGAUGCUGUGAACUUUCUCAGCAAGUCAUCCAAGCCUCCUGAAAAGAACGCUGCACCAUCCGGCGUUGACUUUCAUCCACUUUUACAGAGAACUGAUGAUGUGAGUGCAAGUUCUUUAGCUACACAUCCUGCUGGCAGGCUUCCUCCCACUGCAGCGUCGAAGCCUCCAAUUCGGAAUCAUCUUUCCUCGACGAGUAAGGCAUCUGUAGAUGGUAAUUCAAGUGCUUCAGGUACAAAGGGCAGCAGCCUUAGUAAAAAGGGCAAUGAGCUAGACUUGAAUAUCCACCUCAGUUUGUCAGCCAAGAAUCGAGAAAGCAGAAAUACGAUUAUACGUGAUACUAGCAGAUCACUAGCUGCUUCCGCGUCUGGUGUCAUAGAAUCUGAAAGUGCUAAAGAUUAUACUCCAGAUGUGAUGAGCAAUCAGUUUGACUCAACUGAAACUCCACUGGCUACUCCUAGAAACAGAGGAAGUAGGAAAGUGGCUGACGACAUGCAUGAUGAGUCCCUCCCGGAAAUUGUAAUGGAACAGGAAGAAUUAAGCGACUCUGAGGAAGAGUUUGGGGAAAACGUCGAGUUUGAGUGUGAGGAGAUGGCCGAUUCAGAUGCAGAGUGUACAUCUGACUCGGAACAAGUUGUCAACGUGCCAAAUGAGGAAAUGCACCUAGAAGAAACAGAUGCAGAUAUUGACGAAAGGCAGCUCCAGAAUGACCACGGAAGCAAUCCUUGCAGCACAUCAGAAGCAUGCUCGAUAGGAUUGGAUACCACCGGGCUUCAUGUGAAGCCGAAUGCACUCUCCCUGAAUCUGAAUUCUUGCCCUCCUGCUUCUCAAUCAAACCCCAAGAAUGCAUAUGAAUUUGGACCAUUUGGUACUAGGGCAGGAGACGAUAAAUUUCUCGUAGAUUUAAAGGGCUCCGGCAAGAUGCAGAAACGCACAUCUAAGCAUCUCAGCGGCGACACUCCAUCAAGAACUCCCAGAAAACGUGUCUGCAGAUCCAAUUCUAACUCAAACGCUGCCACCAUUGUAGAAAAUUCAAAGAAAGUUGCCAAGGUUGAAUUUGGUUAACUGAUAAUUUAUGAUUAUUCAUAGUUUUUGCAUAUUAAUGAAAAGGCCAAAUUUGUCAA